CCUUUGGAGCGCUCCCGCAGUCCAGCUCCCUGCCCUCCCGGCGCGCGCACCGUGUUUUGCGUCUCACCGCGCGCCUCGGUAAAAUGGCUGUAUCUCACGGAGCCUCGUGCUGGUUUGAUCAGUUCCUCGCUCUCAGUCUCGCGCUGUAACAGAACCCCCUUCAAAUUCCGUGUCGGUGGAAAUCGUCCCCGGGAUUGUAUUUAUAUUUUUCCGUAGCCAACAAUUUCACGCGGAAAGGAGAGUGGGAACCGGAUUCUGUCCGGUUCUUGGGGGAAUGAGCCGAGAAGCGGGUAAAUUGUUAUAAAAUUGUAUUUAUAUUCAAUGCUAUUCAGUGUGUGAUUGUGACUGAGUCGCCGUGAAAGAGAGAGAGAGAGGGGGAUAUCAUGGCCGCUCAGGUCGCCAGCGCCGCCACUCUCAACACCAGUCCGCCUUCCGAACUGAAAAAACCGGAUCGGGACCCGCAGGAGGAGCCGGUACCGGGGGAGAAGCAGCAGGAAAAUAAGGAACCGGGAUCCGAGAGUGGAUCCCCGGGUCAGAAGGACCUGCAGGACGGGGCCGAUGCUGGAAAUGCGGGGGGAGGAGGGGAUCCUGAGAUGAAGAACGGCAACGGGAAUCCGUCCAGGGUGAAUAACAACAAUAAUCAGAAUGAUUCAGGGGCACCGGACGGGAAUAACCACCCGGGGAUGGCACAUCAGCACUCGUCGGCGUUUCCUCCACCUUCCUACGGUUACAGUCAGCAUUACGGCCGGCUCCCUUUUCAUCAACAUGGCGGACAACAAAGCCCUGGCAUGGCAGCGGCAGCGGGGUCGGCCGUGCAGCCGGGCGGCAUGAUGGACUCGUAUCAGCCCAACUCACAGGAACACGCCUUCACCAACCACCAGUUCAACAACUACAGCCCGUUCCCAAACCGGACUCCGUACCCGGGCCCGGGCUACGCCAUGAACUCGCCGCGACACGGCCAGCCUCCGGCGGCUGGGGGGCAGCCAGCCAAGCAACAGCCAGCGGGAGGAACUACAGCCAUGGCCGCUUCGUACAACACUCAGCGAUACAACGCCACUCCGACCCUCAACCAGCUGCUGACCUCUCCCAGCUCCAACCGGGGCUACCAGAACUACCCCAGCGGUGACUACAGCAACCAGGAAGGGGCGAGCAAGGGACCGGGAGACAUGGGCAGCGGGGGCCAGUUCGGCGGGGGCCACCAGAGCUGGCAACAAAGGAGCCAUCACCCGCCGCCGGUAAGCCCGGGAAGCACCGGGCAACCCUUAAGCAGAAACCAGCCCUCUAGCCCGAUGGACCAGAUGGGGAAGAUGAGGCCCCAGCCUUACGGUGGCGCCAACCCUUACUCACAUCAGCAGCAACAGCAGCAGCAGCAGGGGCCUCCUCCUGGGGCCCAGCAGGGGGCCUCGUACCCGAACCAAGGGUAUGGGCCUCCCCCCUCGCAGAGGUAUCCCAUGGGUAUGCAAGGCCGUGCCCAGGGUAGCAUGGGGGCCAUGCAGUACGGCCAGCAGAUGGGUUACGGGCAGCAGGGCCCUGGUAACUACGGCCAGCCCAGCCAGGGAGCCUACUACAGCCAGCAGGCCCAGCCACAGUCCUCGUACUCUCAGCCGCCGCCACCGCAGGGUCAGCCUGGCCCUCAGGCUGCCUACUCCCAGCAGCCCAGCUACCCGCCGCCCGGCCAGCCGCCCUACCCACAGCCACAGGUGGCCCCGGCUCAGCCGCCAACGCAACCUGCUGCCCAGGCUCCACAGGGCCCUCAGGGCCAGCCCGGCUAUCCCCAGAGCCAGGGAGGCCCCCCUCAGCAGCAGCAGCAAACGCCGCCGCAGCAGCAAACGCAAGCCACGCAGCAGCAGCAGCAACCGCCUCAGACCUCUGCGGCCUCGUCCCAGCAGAACCAAGGACACGGGCCGUCGCCUCAGGGCCCACCAAUGCCGUAUUCACAGACCCCCCCUCAGCAGCAGCAGCAGCAGCAGCAGCAGCAGCAGUCACCCUACCAGCGCUUCCCCCCACCUGCUCAGGACCUGUCCCAGGACUCCUUCAGCUCCCAGUCUAGCGCCCCUCCUUCCAACCCACCCAUGGCUUCCAGUAAGAGUGGCACAGAGGAAAUUUCCAUGCAGGGCCGACCCUCCAGCCUCCCGGACCUGUCGGGCUCCAUCGACGACCUGCCCACGGGCACGGAGGGUGCGCUCAGCCCUGGUGUCAGUACCUCGGGCGUGUCGAGCAGUCAAGGCGAGCAGAGCAAUCCGGCCCAGUCACCCUUCUCCCCCCACACGUCCCCCCACCUGCCCGGGAUCCGCGGACCCUCCCCGUCCCCCGUGGGCUCCCCUGCCAGUGUAUCGCAGCCUCGCUCUGGGCCUCUGUCCCCUGCUGCUGUCCCAGGGAACCAGAUGCCGCCGAGACCGCCGAGCGUUCAGUCGGAUGGAAUCCUGCACCCUUCCAUGAGCCAAUCGACUAUGGGCCAGGACAGAGGUUUUAUGCAGAGGAACCCCCAGAUACCUCCUUACGGGUCGCCCCAGUCUGGCUCAGCCUUAUCUCCUCGCCAGUCUUCAGGAGGCCAGAUGCAUCCUGGGAUCGGGUCGUACCAGCAGAACUCCAUGGGCAGCUAUGGUCCUCAGGGCGGCCAGUAUGGGCCUCAAGGUUACCCCCGGCAGCCGGGCUAUGGCGGCAUGCCCAACGCCAGCUACCCCGGCCCUGGCAUGGGCGGCUCCAUGAACCCCAUGUCUAGUCAGGCAGGAGGGGCACCCUAUGCAGGCAUGCCCCCGGGACGCAUGGGGCCCUCGCAGAUGGGGCCGGGGCAGAUGGGUCCUGGGCAGAUGGGGCCCGGACAGAUGGGUGCACGUCCCUAUGGGCCCAACAUGGGGCCUAACAUGGCCCCCAACAUGGGGCCUGGCAUGGGCACCAUGUCACCUCAGGUGGGCGCUGGGAUGUGCCCUCCCUCAGGUGGCCUCAACAGGAAGCCCCCAGAGUCUGCUGCUGUGGCCAUGCAGCAUCCAUCCAGCAACUCCAUCCACAACAGGCCUCCUGGCUACCCCAACAUGUCACCGGGAAUGAUGGGUACAGGAUCCCCCUACGCCCCUCCUAUGAACAACAUGGGGGGCAUGAUGAACCCGCAGGGAGCCCCCUACCCCAUGGGCAGCAGUAUACCCAACAACUCCGUGGGCAUGGCUCCCAGCCCGGAGUUUGGCCUUGACGUGAAAUUAAACCAGACCCAGAAGAUGAACAACAAAGCAGAUGGGACUUCAAAGCCGGAAACGAAAUCCAAGAAGUCCAGCUCCUCCACUACCACCAAUGAAAAGAUCACCAAGCUGUACGAGUUGGGCCCGGAACCUGAGCGGAAGGUGUGGGUGGACCGUUACCUGGCCUUCAUCGAGGAGAAGGCCAUGGGCAUGAGCAACCUGCCUGCCGUGGGCCGCAAACCGCUGGACCUCUUCCGUCUCUACGUGUCGGUCAAGGAGAUCGGUGGCCUCACACAGGUCAAUAAAAACAAGAAGUGGCGAGAGCUGGCCACCAACCUGAGUGUGGGCACGUCCAGCAGCGCCGCCAGCUCGCUGAAGAAGCAGUACAUCCAGUGUCUGUAUGCCUUCGAGUGCAAGGUGGAGCGUGGCGAGGACCCGCCCCCGGACAUCUUUACCACUGACGCCAAGAAGAACCAGGCUAAGAUCCAGCCCCCUUCCCCAGCGGGAUCCGGCUCCCUGCAGGGCCCCCAGACCCCCCAGUCCACCAGCAGCUCUAUGGCAGAGGGAGGAGACCUCAAGCCACCAACUCCGGCCUCCACCCCGCUCAACCAGAUGCCCCCCAUGCCCGGAGUCAGGAGCAAUGUGGUAAGCUUGCAAGAUCCCUUCGCCGAUGGCAAUGACCCUGCCUUCCCUAGGCGGGCACCCAUGACGCCUAACCCAGGGUACCAGCCUGGUAUGAAUACUUCGGACAUGAUGGGCCGCAUGGGCCCAUAUGAGCCAAACAAGGACCCGUUUGGUGCCAUGCGGAAAGUGGGAGAGCAGUUUAUGCCCCCGGGACAGGGUCCUGCGGGAGGCAUGGGGGAGCAGUACAGCCGGGGACCCCCCCCAGGGUCCAUGGGCAACAUGCCGAUGGGGCAGAGGCAGCAGUACCCCUACGGCCCCGGAUAUGACAGGAGACAGGAGCCUGGCAUGGGCCCCGAUGGUGCCAUGGGGCCUGCUGCACCACAGGCCAACUUGAUGCCCCCCAACGCCGAUGCUGGGAUGUACUCUCCCAACCGGUACCCCCCGCAGCAGCAGCGGCAUGAUUCCUAUGGUAAUCAGUACCCUGGCCAAGGUGCUCCCCCUGCUGGUCCGUAUCCCAAUCAGCAGCCUGGAAUGUACCCACAGCAGCAGGCAAACUACAAGAGGCCUGUGGAUGGCGCCUACGGCCCCCCAGCCAAGCGCCAUGAGGGCGACAUGUACAAUGUUCCCUUCAGUGGCCCACAGGCUCCACCCUCAUCUGGCCCCACCUCCCAACAGGACAUGUACAGCCAGUACGGCAGCACCUACCCUGGCACGGAGCGGCGCCCGUCUGGGCCCCAGGGCCAGUUCCCCUUCCCCUUCGGGAGGGAUCGGGGUCCAGCGCCGGCAGGGCCGAACCCCCAGGCUCCCAUGCCCCCUCAGAUGAUGGGCAGCCCCAUGGCCUCUGGCCCAGACGGUCCCCAAGGCGGUAUGUGGCAGGGCCGUGGGGAGAUGGGCUACCCUGCCUUCCCCAACCGGCAAGGCGUGGCCCCCGGAGCAGCCGCCCAGGGGCCUGGCUACCACGGCAUGAACCGAUCUGAGGACGUGAUGCCAGCCGAGCAGCGCAUGAAUCACGAGGGCCAGUGGCCCGGCCACGUGGGUGCACGCCACCCCCCCUAUGUGCCCUCAGGUGUGGGCCCGCCCAUGGCGCGGCCUCUGCAGCCCAACUAUCAGCCGCCACAGUCCUUGCAGAACCACAUCCCUGCGGCGUCCAGCCCUGCGCCAGGGCCCCGUCCCCUAGAGAGUCGCACCUCGCCCAGCAAGUCGCCCUACAUGCAUGCCGGCAUCAAGAUGCAGAAGGCAGGUCCCCCGGUGCCAGCCUCACACGUGCCCCAGCCCCCCAUGCAGCCCCCGCUCAUCCGGCGCGACGUCAGCUUCCCUCCAGGGUCCGUGGAGGCCACAGUGCCUGUGAUGAAGCCCCGCCGGAGGCUCACCAUGAAGGACAUCGGGACUCCCGAGGCCUGGCGGGUGAUGAUGUCUCUGAAGUCAGGCUUGUUAGCGGAGAGCACUUGGGCCUUGGACACCAUUAACAUUCUGCUCUAUGAUGACAGCAGCAUCUCAACCUUCAGCCUCUGCCAGCUGCCUGGAUUCUUGGAACUGGUGGUGGAAUAUUUCCGACGUUGCCUCAUAGAGAUCUUCGGCAUCCUAAAGGAGUACGAGGUAGGCGAUCUGGGUCAGAGGACUCUGCUGGACCCCAACGCCCUGGACCACGACCGGGAUGGCUCAGACGCGGAGGAGCCCGAGGUGGAGGACCCUGAAGAGGAUGAGGAUGACGAAGAGGAGGAGGAAGAAGAGCAGCCCACAGCAGUGCCUUUGGCACCAGUGAAGGAGGAGGGUGAACGGGCGGAGGGGGACAAGAUGGAGCUGGAGGCAGAGGAGGGUCAGAGCUGUUCGUCUUGCCAGGAGCCCACGCCACCGCUGGACAAACCAAAGCAGGCAAGCAAGUUUGAUAAGCUGCCCAUCAAGGUGGUGCGCAGGAAAGACCCCUUCGUGCUCGGCUGCUCCGGUAAGCUGCGCCGGCCGCAGGCCUUUGACAGUGGCCUGCUGCACUGGAGCAUUGGCGGUGGCGACACCACCGAGCACAUCCAGACCCACUUCGAGAGCAGAACGAACCUGCUUCCAUCCAAGAAGUGGGCGGCGCCCCCGCAGGAAGCUGCUGAGAAGGAGAGGGCCCCUUCGCCAGCUGCUGAGCCGCAGGGGCUUCCUGCGGUGGAAGCUGGAGAUGUACCGCCUGUCCAGCCAGGCCCGGAGGCGGACGACGCGCCGGGGGCACCAGAAAGCUGCCAGGAAGAAGGCAAGCCGCUCCAAGGUGCUGAGCGGCCUCGGCCGGACCGCCGUGGGGUUGGCGUCUUGGAGGACGAGCCGCACAGCAAGGACGAGGCGCCACUCAGCACGCUGGCGGACUGGCAGGACUCGCUGGCCCGCCGCUGCAUCUGCGUCUCCAACAUCGUGCGCAGUCUGUCCUUCGUGCCCGGCAACGACCUGGAGAUGUCCCGGCACCCAGGCCUGCUGCUUAUGCUGGGCCGCCUGCUGCUGCUGCACCACCGGCACCCCGAGCGCAGGCAGGCGCCGCUCACCUACGAGAAGGACGAGGACGGCGAGGACAGGGCCCAAGGCAAGCUGGACCAGUGGUGGUGGGACUGCCUGGAGCUGCUGCGUGAGAACUGCCUGGUCACACUGGCCAACAUCUCAGGCCAGCUGGACCUCUCCAUCUACCCGGAGAGCAUCUGCUUACCCCUGCUGGACGGCCUGCUCCACUGGGCCGUGUGCCCGUCGGCUGAGGCCCAGGACCCUUUCCCUUCUCUGGGCAUGAACGGCUCGCUCUCCCCACAGAGACUGGUCCUCGAGACCCUCAGCAAGCUCAGCAUCCAGGACAACAACGUCGACCUCAUUCUGGCCACGCCACCCUUCAGUCGGCUAGAGAAGCUCUAUGGCUCGCUGGUGCGGCUGGUGGGCGAGCGCAAGGUGCCUGUGUGCCGCGAGAUGGCCGUGGUGCUGCUGGCCAACCUGGCCCAGGGCGACAGCCUAGCGUCACGCGCCAUCGCCGUGCAGAAGGGCAGCGUGGGAAACCUGCUGGGCUUCCUGGAGGACAGCCUGGCAGCGGCACAGUUCCAACAGAGCCAGAGUGCCCUGAUGCACAUGCAGGGCGCCCCCUUCGAGCCCAGCAGUGCGGACAUGAUGCGGCGGGCGGCGCGAGCGCUGCACGCCAUGGCGCGGGUCGAGGAGAACCACUCGGAGUUCACGCUGUACGAGUCACGGCUGCUGGACCUCUCGGUGUCCCCGCUCAUGAACUCGUUGGUGUCCCACGUGAUCUGUGACGUACUCUAUCUGAUUGGCCAAUCAUGACAGUCGUGGGGUGCGGUGGCCCUGCCUCCCCCAGCCUCUGUCCCUGUCCCCAUUUAUUUUCUCUCUUGUGUGUCUGAGCGUGAGUGGAGCAAACGUCGAGUGAAACUGUUUUUGUUUUAUUUUUAUUUAUGCAAAAACACCUCGGAUUCCACUGUCUGAAGUCCACCUUUGCCCUGUCUCCGCCCCCCCCCUCCCCCCCCACACUUAUCAAAGGAAGGACAUCACGAACCUGGAAUGGACGUUGUUUCAGCUGUUCAGCGAAUGGCACCGUGAAAUUUAAUGCCGCAGAAAUGGAUGGGAACCCCGGGCCAGGAGUGUGCUGCCCUUUUUUUAAAGAAAGAAAAAGAUGGAGAAAAAAAUUACAAAAACAAGACUGUAACCAAAGUUGCUGUAUCGUUUACAGUGAGUUUGGGGAUAACUGUGCCCUAGCUCUCCCCAGGGGUGAGCACGACCAGUACAAUUUUAUGGUUCAUAUUUGGAGGCUUAAAACAGACUUUUGGACUUUCUUGUGGUAUAAUUGCUGUAACUUGGACUCUAUAUUCUGCCCUACAUGAACCAGGUUAUCGGCUGUGAACAGACGUCUGUGCAGUAGAUUGUAGGACUUUUUUCUGUACUGUACACGUUAAAAAAACAACUGUAAACAUACUGUAAUAAUACUGUUUCACACUGAGAAACGCUGGCUUGGCCGCAGAACUGUAGUUUUUAAGAAAUGUUUUUAGUUAACAUUGAAGAGAAAAAAGGCUUUCCCCCCAAAGUUUCGUGAACCUACAACACCUUGACCUCUUCUCUUUAACCCUUGAUUGUAUGGAUUGACCCUUAAAAAGAAUCACCUCUUAGGACUCGUUUUCAACUUAAGACGCAGCCUUGGCUGCUGUGUAUAUAUGACGUUGUACAAUAAUUACACUUUCUCCUCUCUCUCCCUCUCUCACCUUCUGAUGCUCUUCAUCCUUUUUAUCUAAGAAGAAUAAAAGAUUAAACACAA